GGGAGCUUCGGCGUGCAGCGCUCUGUCCCUGGACCGCUUUAUAAAAGAGGCACGCCGGUGGUGCGCGUCGUGCUGUGCUCCCUGCUGCAGCGUCAGUCGGCUUUGGCUCCGGUCUCUGCGCUCUCGUCUCCUUCCUGCUUCUGCUUUCGGGUUUCUGAUCGCAACCAUGGGGACCCGCAGAGUCGUCCUGGUGCUCUUCGCGGCCGUGCUGCUCCAGGCCCUCCUCCCCGCCUCGGAGGCGGAAGGCUUGGUGCGGAUCGCGCUGAAGAAGCGGCCGAUCGACCAAAACAACCGCGUCGCUACGCGCCUCUCCGGCGAGGAGGGGCAGCACCUCGGCGGCGCCAACUCCCUGGGCUCUGAGGACGAGGGCGACAUCGUGGCCCUGCAGAACUACAUGAACGCCCAGUACUUUGGGGAGAUCGGCGUUGGCACGCCGCCGCAGAAGUUCACCGUCAUCUUCGACACCGGCAGCUCUAACCUCUGGGUGCCGUCCGCCAAGUGCUACUUCUCGAUUGCUUGCUACUUCCACUCACGCUACAAGGCAGGGCAGUCAAGCACUUACAAGAAGAAUGGAAAACCUGCUGCCAUUCAGUAUGGCACAGGUUCAAUUGCUGGGUAUUUCAGCGAGGACAGUGUUACAGUAGGUGAUCUAGUUGUCAAAGAUCAGGAGUUUAUUGAAGCUACAAAGGAGCCAGGUGUUACUUUCAUGGUUGCAAAGUUCGAUGGCAUCCUUGGGCUUGGGUUUCAGGAAAUAUCUGUUGGGAAAGCAGUACCUGUGUGGUAUAAAAUGAUAGAGCAAGGUCUCAUCAGCGACCCUGUUUUCUCUUUCUGGUUCAACCGACAUGCCGGUGAAGGAGAAGGUGGUGAAAUUGUGUUUGGAGGAAUGGAUCCUAAACACUACAUAGGCGAACAUACAUACGUCCCAGUCACUCAGAAGGGAUAUUGGCAGUUUGACAUGGGUGAUGUCCUGGUUGGAGGGAAGUCCACAGGUUUUUGCGCUGGUGGUUGUGCCGCGAUUGCGGAUUCUGGAACUUCAUUGCUUGCUGGCCCCACAGCCAUAAUCACUGAAAUUAAUGAGAAGAUCGGUGCUGCUGGUGUGGUCAGCCAAGAGUGCAAAACAGUGGUUUCUCAAUAUGGACAGCAGAUCCUAGACCUGUUGCUAGCAGAGACACAGCCAAAAAAGAUCUGCUCUCAGGUUGGUCUGUGCACAUUUGAUGGGACUCGCGGUGUCAGUGCUGGAAUUCGGAGCGUAGUUGACGAUGAAGCUGAGAAAUCGAACGGUCUCCACAGCGAUCCCAUGUGCAAUGCCUGUGAGAUGGCUGUUGUAUGGAUGCAGAACCAACUUUCACAGAACAAGACCCAGGAUGUCAUAUUGAAUUACAUUAAUCAGCUAUGCGACCGUCUCCCAAGUCCCAUGGGAGAAUCAUCCGUGGACUGUGGCAGCCUUGCAUCCAUGCCUGAGAUUGAGUUCACCAUUGGAGGCAAAAAGUUCGCGCUGAAACCAGAAGAGUACAUUCUGAAGGUUGGUGAAGGACCUGCUGCCCAGUGCAUCAGUGGAUUCACAGCCAUGGACAUCCCUCCUCCUCGUGGUCCUCUCUGGAUCUUGGGAGACGUUUUCAUGGGUCCCUACCACACCGUCUUCGACUACGGCAAGCUGAGGGUUGGCUUCGCGAAGGCAGCCUGAAAAAGGCAGGGUGGAGCGCCCCGUAGCGGAGGCGAACAAACGCAUGUGCCGGGGGAGAGAUUGGCGUUCUUAAAAGCGUAAUUUAUCCGGCAAUUGUGUGUAUAUAUGUUACUGCUUGCUUUAGUGAUGCUUUCCAAGACACUCUGAUGAGAACUUGUCUGUUUUAAUCUGGCAAGAGUAAUUCUGGACGUGUUUGCCGCCACUAUUACUACUAAGACUUUAUUAACUUCUGUUGCGUUUGCACACUAGUAAAUCAAUGUAUGGGAAUCUGUCCGAGUCCGAUGUUA